CCAUGUUUGACAGAAAAGUUCAUAAAAAGUAUUACCAUUGUGAUCAGGACUUGCACUCGAGACGAUGUCUCGGAGUUAGAAACGAGUUAUAUCUGUGGAAUUUAUCAUCGGUUUUAUUUGUUUUAUUCCGAAAGACACCAUUAACUUUAACGGUAGAAGAUACGACGCUUGUUGCACUACUGAAUAUCGUCGCAAGGUGUUGAAGAGGCUGUGAAGCUGGUUACAAGAGUCGAUUCCGAAGGCUUCUGGACAUAGAGGGAAACCACUGUGCUUCGUGUUGUGUCUGUAUGUUAUACGUUUCAUUAUCAUUACACGUGAAGGCAUGGCUGAACAUAUUGUGAAAUACUUCCUCUCCUUGGUUUUUCUUUGGACGAUUGGAUUUGCUGCUGUCUUGUUGUAUGUACAUCUUCUUGCACUUGGAGAUGUGAUGAGACACGCUGUUCAUAUUCGUCCCAGAUUGACCACCAAAGUCCAAGCCAUUGGGCAGUUCGGUAGAGAGAGUCAACCACCUGCCAUCGACGCCCAUGAUCCAGUGUCCUGCAAAUGUCAGACGAGACCCCUGAAGUUUCGCGAGUAUUAUGAGUCACAGCUGUCUGUAACGCUACCUUGGCUGAAUAUGACGUCCCAUGAGGUGCUGGAAAGGACGCACCCCAACUUGCCGAUCAACAUGUAUGAUGACCUCAAUGCGAAACAUUGCCAUUUACUCCCGUCUUUUAAUAGAAUAAACUGGUACAAUAAAUAUUACCAGCCUGUGGUAGUUGCCAAGAGCACCAAGUUCUUCCUCUCUUCAGCUUUCUUGGAUAACCGUAUUGCUACUGACGUGCGACCCUGUAUCCGUAUCCUUGCAUGGAGCAAAGACACGAAUCCCACAGCUCCUUGGUGCCGCAUCUGGUUCAACACAACGGGGCCGCCAGCCGUCUCGCGCGUCAUCAGAAUCGAUUACUUAGAUUGGCAACCCAGGUCAGGCGAUCGCCACAUGACCUUCCUGCUCACGUGUCGAAUCCCGAAGUACAAUUCUCACCUCACGCCCUUAUCGGUGUCCGUUGUGAGCAGCCCGUGUGAGAAGUACACUAAGAAUUUGCUGAAGGUAUUUGGGUCUAUGGAACGCGACACUAAAACCGCUUUGGUUAACUCAAGCAAGAAUGAAGAUAGCUCACCUGUGUGGAACGCGGCCGUGUGCGGACCGGCGCUCUCCUACUACCACGAAGACGUUUCCAUCCAGUUGGUUGAGUGGCUGGAGCUCCUGAGGGCUUUGGGCUUCGCCAGGGUGUUCCUGUACGAGACGGAAGUCCAUCCCAACAUCGAGAAAGUCCUGCGCUACUACGAGGCCGAGGGAUUCGUUGGUGUCACUAAAUUCGCAUACCAUGUCAACGAUCCCAUCCUGCGCAAACUCUGGGCGUUGAUGGAACCUACGCAAGUUCUGGGCAUGGAGAACCUGCUCUUCACCGACUGCGUCCUCCGCCACAUGCACAAGUACCGCUUCCUCGCUCGCCUCAACCUCGACCAAAUGCCCAUGUUGCCCAACCACGACUCCUUCCCGCUUUGGCUCAACGACCAAUUAUUUGAGAAUUCGAUUGGAAAUGGGUCGGCCGAGAACCUCCCGCCGUCGUAUGAUCUGCGCUGGUAUUAUCACCACGACGACCUAGGGACUCCGGCCUCCAGCGCUUCUCUCCCUGAGUACCUGAAGUUUCUGCGUCAGUCCAAGAGGACAGUGAUGGACAUUUACCCAACAAACUACAACCCGACGUAUGACAUGAAUCUCGUCACCGGUGUCUUCUCGAACGAUGUUGCUGUUUGUGCAAGUGGAAAGUGCCGAGGCGAGUCCUACCAGUGCCCGAGAGACGUGGCUUACCUUGGCCUCUACACCAAGACCUGCGGAGAAGCCUGCAAGAAGCCCGGGUCAACGGUGGAGGUCUCAGCUCUCCGGAAGUACAAGGGCCAAGUCUCCAGUGCCGUUGCCAAAGUCCUGCAGGAGCUGCGUCUCGUCGUCUAAGUUGAUACUGAUAUGACAUUGAUAUUGAUAACGUUUAUUUAGCCAAUAUACAUAAAGACAGUAUGACGUACACAGAAUAAAAAUAAAAUGGCUGAGCCUCCUGAGAACACAAUCUCUCUUAAGGAGACACCUUAUUAUAAGGGAACUAAUGUAUAUUAAAUUAUUAGACUCAGUCAUUCCACUCGCAGGUGGAUUGGAUACGAUAACAGUAAUAAAUAUAAAAAUACAUACAUAUAUACAUAUAUAUAUAUAUA